CUAAGACAGGUUUGUCUCAGGACCUUUAAUCUACCGGAGAGAACAUGAUCACAGUGAUUGUUUGUUGAAUAUGGCUCUGUCGGCAGGGCUACGAUGCUGCCAAAGGGUUUUCUCCUGGAUUCCCGUCGUUAUAAUUACAUCUGUGGUGCUGUGGUCGUAUUACGCUUAUGUCUUUGAGCUAUGCUUGUUUACACUCAGCAACACACUGGAAAAAGUGGCCUAUCUUCUGGUGUUCCAUGUUUGCUUUGUGAUGUUCUCCUGGACCUACUGGAAAUCCAUUUUCACACCACCCACCCCACCCUGCAAGAAGUUUCAGCUUUCCUACACGGACAAAGAGCGGUAUGAGCUGGAGGAGAGGCCGGACGCUCAGAAACAGAUCCUAAUGGAGAUAGCCAAGAAGCUUCCCGUCUUCACCCGUGCUGCUUCUGGAGCUAUCAGGUUCUGCGAUCGCUGCCAGGUGAUAAAGCCGGACCGCUGCCACCACUGCUCCGUCUGCGAAACGUGUGUUUUGAAAAUGGACCAUCAUUGCCCAUGGGUGAACAACUGUGUAGGAUUCUCUAAUUACAAGUUCUUCUUGCUCUUCCUGGUGUACUCCAUGGUGUACUGUGUCUUCAUCGCUGCCACGGCCCUUCAGUAUUUCAUCAAGUUCUGGGUGGGGGAGCUGCGCAACGGCCCAGCUAAGUUCCACGUUCUCUUCCUGAUGUUUGUGGCCCUGAUGUUCUUUGUCAGUCUCAUGUUCCUGUUUGGGUAUCACUGCUGGCUGGUCUCGAAGAACAGGUCAACUCUAGAGGCCUUUUCCGCCCCCGUGUUCCAGAACGGCCCCAAUAAGAAUGGCUUCAACGUCGGAUUCCGCAGGAAUCUGCAGCAGGUUUUUGGGGAGGACCGGAAGCUUUGGUUCAUUCCUGUGUUCACAAGCCUGGGUGACGGCCACUUCUUCCCCAUGCGGAGCCGAAAUGAAUCCCGGAACCCGCUCCUAGCCUGUGAGGAGCAGUGGGAAGAGGAUGGCGGAUCAGAUGAGGAGAGCUUGGGUGUGCAAAGAGACCCUUCAGUCACUGUGGAGAUUGAGUCAUAGGAAUAUUCCAGACACAAACACAUCUUAAGACCCCAGAUAUCAACCGCAAAAGGAUGUGGUACACUGGAAGCAGCUCUGCUCGUUGCUCAAAGCCGAUGACGCAUUCCAAGCCCUUAAGAAUUUUCGGCUGACGUGAAAAAAACUAAAACAAAAAACAAACAGGCACCAAAUAUCCAAACAGCCCGAGGAGCCCUGCAGGUGUUCUGGUAUAGUGGGUUCUUUGUUUUUGUUCCUGUUUAUUUUUUUUAUUUUUUUAAAUAUAUAUCUGUAAAUAUAUGUGUAUUUAUUUAUGCGGGGAAAUACAAUGAACGAUUGAUGGAAUGAAAAUAGGUGAUUUUUCUUUUCAGCACGGAUCUGCUCUUUGGGAAUAAGGUGACGUCAGUGGGUAAUUUGCCAUGAUUGGACCGUAAAUCUCUACUGUGAUGCAUCCUCACUGUUUCCAGCUCUUUCCUCCCAAGCAUCUCUCUCUCGCUUUGGGCAGAGCACCUAGUCUGAGGCCUGGUCUAAACUCUGCGUGGCGCCCCAGGUUGUUUCUGUAUCCGGCAUGGCGGGGCUCCGGUUCCCCCUCAUACCAGCCAUUACUGACCCAGGGCACCCUCUGCAGCGCCAGCUUUCCUGGGGAACGUGAGGCUGCAGUGGGCCCAGAGCCAGGCCUUUCUGUGCGGUCACCAUUGUUCUGCAGGGGCCGCGAACCGCUGAUGCAUGACCACCUCUCUGCAUUCCUGCUGCCUGCACACCGUGACAGGGGACUGUGCGAGUGGAGGCAGGGCCUCCACCAGAGGGGCUUGAUUAGGGCACAGUACACUGUUUAAAGUUCUAUCACCGGUUUAGUUUUCAUUUGGGUGGCUUGUGAGUAAUUCUUAACAUUAUCGAUUAACAUUAUUCCAAAGAUAGUUCAUAAUGAAAUCGCUAUUGCCUGGGGCUGAGUAUUCCUAUUUUUCCCUUUUGGCUGUUGGUGAGAAAAAGGACUUGCUCCUCAGCGGUUAAGGGUUUAUUUUGUUUUUAAUCAAUAUUUAUGAGUAUUUAAAUCAUUUUUAAAGACCAAAUUUUAGAAGUAUAUGUACUGUAGAUAUGAGCUCAUGUUUGGCAGUGCAGUGCACUGAUGUGUGGAGAGCUAUCCAUGUUAAAUGACGUAUGCAUACUUAUGCAAACAGAGCAAAGAUUGAAAUUGCUGAGCUAUUUAUUUUGAAAUUGUUAUUAACAGAAUUUAGUUUGAAUAACUUUAAAUUCUGUUUUCCUGUGUUUAGUGUGCUUAAUCUGUCAUAUUUUUUCUUCAGAGGAUAGGAGAGUAGGAUUUUUAUUCGAUUAAAUUUUUUUUAUUUACUGAAAAUGCAGUAUUCUCACGGAAAUCUCCAAGGAUAGUAUGGAAGUGUAUUAUGGAAAAAAGAGAAAAACAGAACAUGCAUAUCUAAGCUAUGCACAUAUGCCAAUUGGAACAGGUAGUAUUGUGAUGACAAAUUAUGCUUUCCCAACUUACCUACGGAGACCUAUAACCUAUGUGCUCCUGCAGCCAGCGCAGUCUCUAGUGCAGUCAACACCAGUAUAGUUCAUCCACAAACUAUUCUGAUUGAAUCAUAGUUCAUUUUGCUGUUCUGUGUUUUGUGGUGCAUUACAAAUGCUCAAGCCGCAUUCCUUACGUGUUUACUGUAAAGAGUAUUUCCAGGAACUGCAAGGGUUGGAAAUUAGUGUGAUAUCUUCUAUUGGCUAUCAGGUGACUUCCAUUGGAUUAAAAAAAAAUAGGCCUGCUAAUUUUGUAAAGUUCAAACCAUCAGUGGUACAUGCAGUUAAAAUGGUAAAAUGUGUUUACAAGCAAUUUGUAUUUGUCUUGGCAAUCUGAGAAAUGUGAAUAUUGGUGACUCGGGGUUGGUUUUAGUGUUUUAGCAUUUUUAUGUCCCCGUAUUCAUCAUGGAGAUUCCAUCAGUGGAUUUUAUUUUGGGUAACUGCUGAUGUGCAAAGUAUUUGUGUUUGGAAUCUUGAACAGGCCAGUUUCUCAAACUGUGCCAUCGGUCAAGCAGACGAUUCCCCUUGUGUCCCGAUAAAGAGCUAAAUAAGUGUGCUGCAUUCCAGCUGGUGAAAUUAACCAUUUUUUAUGCAAGAACUGUUUCUUAGAGUGGAUCGUUUCCUGUACACCGCAGAUUGGGUAUGAAUGGACAGCCAAUUUCAUGAUCUUUGUGAUAAUAAAAAUUGUUCCUUACAGAUGUAAAACUGUUGUUUUCAAAUCAAUAAAACCACUGAAUUGUG